GCGACUGUCCCCUUUCCGCCCCUUCUUUAUGCCGCACAGCCGGAUUGAAAAGGCAGGUCCGGCGGCUGAGGCUGGCGCUGUCCUGAGAGGGAGGGCUCGGUGUGGAAGAGAUGAACAGGACGAAGGGUGAUGAGGAAGAAUAUUGGAACAGCUCCAAGUUCAAGGCUUUCACUUUUGAUGACGAAGAUGAUGAGCUCUCACAGUUAAAGGAAUCCAAACGGGCAGUGAAUAGCCUUCGGGACUUCGUGGAUGAUGAUGAUGAUGAUGAUGAUCUGGAGCGAGUCAGCUGGACUGGGGAACCUGUGGGAAGUAUUUCAUGGUCCAUCAAAGAGACUGCUGGGACUAGUGGGUCAACCAGUGAGGGACGUGAACACCUAAAGAACCGAAACAGCUUCUCCUACACACAGCUACCCAAACCUACUUCUACCUACUCCCUGAGCAGCUUCUUUAAAGGUAGAACUAGACCUGGAAGUUUCCAGUCCCUUUCUGAUGCUCUGUCGGACACACCUGCCAAAAAUUAUGCUCCAGAGCUGGGGAGGCCUAAGGGAGAGUACAGGGAUUACAGCAAUGACUGGAGCCCCAGUGAUACAGUGCGACGCCUCCGGAAAGGCAAGAUCUGCUCACUGGAAAGAUUCCGCUCCUUACAGGACAAGCUGCAGCUCCUAGAGGAGGCAGUAAGCAUGCACGAUGGAAACGUCAUCACUGCGGUUCUGAUCUUUUUGAAGAGGACCCUGAGCAAAGAGAUCCUUUUCCGAGAGCUGGAGGUACGCCAGGUUGCCCUGAGACAUCUCAUUCACUUUCUUAAAGAAAUCGGGGACCAAAAGCUACUUUUAGAUCUCUUCAGGUUCCUAGAUAGAACAGAAGAGUUGGCGCUGUCUCAUUAUCGAGAGCAUUUGAACAUUCAAGACCCUGACAAACGAAAAGAAUUCCUUAAGACUUGCAUUGGAGAAAGACUAACCUUGUGGCCCUCUACCAGUUUGCCAUUUUCAGCAGAAGAUUCUGUGCACAUACAAGACCAUUACACACUCCUGGAACGCCAGAUCAUCAUUGAGGCAAAUGAUCGACAUCUAGAGUCAGCAGGACAGACUGAGAUCUUCCGAAAGCAUCCCCGAAAAGCUUCCAUCCUCUACAUGCCACUGGUGACAACACUCUUCUACUCCUGCUUCUAUCACUACACAGAGUCCGAGGGGACAUUCAGCAGUCCCACCAAUCUGAAGAAGACAUUUAAGAUCCCAGACAAACAGUAUGUGCUGACAGCCUUGGCUGCUCGUGCCAAGCUUCGAGCCUGGAAUGACGUUGAUGCCCUCUUCACCACAAAGAACUGGUUGGGUUACACCAAGAAGAGAGCACCCAUUGGGUUCCAUCGAGUUGUGGAAAUUUUGUACAAAAACAGUGCCCCAGUCCAGAUAUUGCAGGAGUAUGUCAAUCUGGUAGAAGAUGUGGAUACAAAGUUGAACUUAGCCACUAAGUUCAAGUGCCAUGAUGUUGUCAUUGAUACCUACCGAGACCUGAAAGACCGGCAGCUGUUGCUUGCAUACAGGAGCAAGGUAGAUAAAGGAUCUGCUGAGGAAGAGAAAAUUGACAUCAUUCUCAGCAGCUCACAAGUUCGAUGGAAGAAUUAAUGUCAUUCAUUACCCUGAAACCUGCCUCACUCCUUACUUUUCUGCCUGUGAAAAUAGAGAGGUCUCUCUUCUUGGGAGAGUCACAGCAUCAUACUACUUAAGCCUGUCAUUCACAGGCAGUGCCUGCUGCUUUGGGGACAGAAACCAGCACCUGGACUGAUCUGUUCACGGGACAUUAUCUGAAGGCCAGUAUCUAAAGCUUUGACUCAUGAGAAAGAUGCUCUCUCCCUGGUGCUCACGUGAAGGUGGGAGCCUGUCCUGGGUAAGAUGGCUCUUGGUUAGAGAAAAGUGACUGUUCCAGAAAGGACAUCUGGAUGAGAGGUACAGGUGCCAGAGGGUGGUUGCUCCACUCCUCUCAGCUAAUUAUGAUCCAGGACCUUGUGUUGGCAUUUCUGCUCUUAAGGAAAUCAGAACAGAAACAAAAUGGCUUUUCAAGGGGCCUCAGGAAAGGGUACAGGUAUGUUAGGACCAGCUGGAAACCAGACUCAGAUUCUCAAACCUGCCUGCCCAGGGCUGCACAAGUUAUGACAGACAUUUCCUGGACAUUGUGUUUCUUCAGUAUCUAUCUGCUGUUUCUGUCAACUUUUUGUUCAUAACAAGGUUCUUUUCUCACUGCAUAUGGAGAUGACCUGUUUGGGUCUGUCUGACUCACAGUCUUAUAUGGAGCUUAGAUUCACCGGUGCUGGAGAGCUCUUCUUCUAGGCAAAAAAGUCUCAUUUCAGUAGAAGCAUCACCAGUUUCACCUGGCUAAAUUUGGUAGCACUUCUGCUAAGAUAUUUAGAGGGAGGUUUUAUUUUCACACCUGACUUUAAGUGGACUUCUGCAAUGUUAGAUUCUGCUCUGUACCAGUAUCAGCCUCCCUUCUGCAAGUGAACUGGAUGUUCCUGACAUGCCUACACUCAUAAUAAAGCUGUUUCAUCCUUGG